GGAGUGUUACCAAGGAAACAGCGUGCGAGCUGAGAAACGACAUAAGUAACUGUUAGCUUAUUUCCAGGCAGUUAGGCUAAACGGUUAGCACAUAAAUAGUCAGAUUGUAGCGAGCUGAAAUACCAGCAGUGCUUAACAUUUUAUAUCGUUUACUUGCAUGUUAGAAAUGACGGACCAGCCUCCGAGCAGCCGGCGGUUAUUAGACCGCCUGGGUGUCGCUGUCUAGCUGUAAGCGUUAGCAUGGUAUCAGCCGUGUGCAGCUAACAAAGCUAACUGACUUAACGCUCGUGUGGACGGGAUCACGGGCCAGGCUGGAUCGUGUUAACACACUAAACGCGUCAAAAUUAAAGUCAAUUAAAACGAUUUCGCCGUUUAUCUCGUUGGGUAAUGGGAGCCGUGUAACCCUCCGCGGACACUGCGCUCAAUGCGUCAGCCGCAGAGGAGUGUAGGUUAGCCGGCUAGCGAUUAGCCCGAUUGCCCCAAGGUGUCACAGUAGGUCUGGCUCCUUCCUCGGGAUGGAUACACAGUCAGCCUGACACGGACUGGGGACCACCGUGUGGAGCCUGUGUCUUGAGCCAGGCUGUCGUUACCGGAGACGGCAAAGCUGCUCACACGACCGGUCCGGCCCGGACUCUGGAAUGAGAUGAGAUGCAGCGGACCAGUCCUUUUAACCUGUGCUGACAAGAAGGCAAUUCUCCCGUAUGGAUGUGUGCAGCAGGAACCCCAACCGUACAGCCCCGGUCAGCGAGGGUGCACUGCACAGAGCUGACCUCCCUCUCUGCUCACGAACCAACGGCUGGAGCUGGCCACCACAUCCCUUUCAGCUCCUGGCUUGGCUCCUCUACCUCUACUUUGCUGUCACUGGCUUCGGGGUGUUUGUGCCCCUGCUUCCUGCCCACUGGAUCCCAGCAGGCUAUAUUUGUACCGGCAUCAUGUUUGUCUGCCACCUGUUCGUCCAUGUGAUGGCCGUGUCCAUUGACCCAGCUGACCACAAUGUACGAGCCAAGGGCACCAAGGGUCCGGUCCCAGUGUUUGACCGCUCCAAACACGCCCACGUCAUUGAGAACUGCCACUGCUACCUCUGCCAAGUGGACGUGGGGCCCAAGUCAAAGCACUGCAGUGCCUGUAACAAAUGUGUUGCCAACUUCGACCAUCAUUGUAGAUGGCUCAACAACUGUGUGGGAAGCAGGAAUUACAAGCUCUUUCUCAACAGUGUAAUUUCUGCCCUACUGGGAAUAUGCCUGGUUCUUGUUGUGGCCUCCUAUGUCUUCAUCGAGUUCUUCCUGGAUCCAUCUAAACUCCGCACUGAUAAACACUUCCAGGUAAAGAAUGAGACAACAGUGUGGUUCCUCUUCCUGCCCGUGGCUCCAGUCAGCACAGCAGCAGCAGUGAUCCCUGGCCUGGCUGCCGUCACCAUUGCUCUUGGCCUGUUGUCCUCCAUCCUGCUCUGUCACCUGCUCUGCUUCCACAUCUACCUCAUGUGGAACAGGCUCAGUACCUACGAGUACAUUGUGCGACAGCGUCACCGUCAAGAGACCAGAGACACCAGUAAAGGAGGACCACGAAAUGAGGCUGCAGUUCCUUCGGUCAACCUCAUCAAGGAUGUUGGCUUUUCUGGGACACUGGGCUAUACCAACCCUGAGAUGGAUGUGGAGGACCCCACCACUUUGGCUGCAUGGGGAGGACCAGAAUUCCAUGCUAAUGGCAGAGUAAGGAGUGUGUCCAAUCAUGCUGGGGAGGAGGAAGCACUGGCCACUGUCUCUACAGAGCUUAAAGCAGCUCCACACUCCCACAGACGCACACAGAAAAAAAAGAAGAAGGUCCGCAAAGUGCCAGAGGAGGUGACCAGAGAGCGCUGCCCUAGCACAGCCCCACCUGUGGAGGCCAGCAAUCUGUCCACUGUGUCCUCGAACCAGCGGCUUCCCUUUCCAGCAUUCCCACUGAGGGCCUCUCUGGCCUCCACCUCAAGCUCCGUCCAGGCCGCUGGUCCACCAGCUGAUUACCAUUCUGACUCAGCAGAGUCUCUGGAGGAAAUCCCAGUGGCGCUGGCCAGGCUAGGCUCCUCAUCCUCCGCCGUAGCUGGAGAUGCCUCCACAUCUUCACAUAGAGCAAUCUCAGCACUCCCCUUACCAUCUCCCCACCCCAGGACUAAAAGGAAGGCCUCCUCCCGAAGCCUUAAGGCCACCACAGAACUGAGGUUUGAGAUGGCCUCCACACAGCCUCCAACGGUGUUCGUCAGCCGGGCUAGCGGAGAGAUGGCCGAGGUCAGGGAGGAUGGCCUCAGCCUGGGCAGAAAGCAGCAGGCCGGCCCCAGGAGCCAUGAGCCGACCUCUAGGCCCAGCUCCAGGACCUCCCUGCCCUCAGUUGGAAUCAUCAGGACAGAGCGAUAGCCUGAGCAUUCAGGAGCAAUAGAGCUCUUCUGAUUUUAGCUGUUUGUCCCUGCUCUUUCUACAGUCAUAUGAGCUCCAUGUAGUGUUGCACAACAAUCAUUACUUCACACACACUUUUUGUAUUCUUCAGUUAUUUGAUAUUGACUUGACUUUAUACUUCACCUUGAAUGCCAAAGGUCCUGUCUACAAUCUUUCUAAAUGGACUAUUUUAAUUUAUGUUUAUGGCUGGAACUAUAAUUAUGACAUUUUGUUACCAAAUAUCACACAUAAAGCUUCAUUUUGUAUUUCUUUUACUAAAAUAUAGAUUUGCUUAAUUUUCUAAUUCACUAGACAUAGGCUUUCAAGAAAUAUGUCACCAUAAAAUAAUGUAUUAUUGAAAAUGACAACUACAUUCUGCAGUCUGGAAAUGAUGGUAAGACCAUGCUAUUAGCUGUUUGAUGUUCAUCUUCUGAUGUCUGAUAACCAUGUCCAUGUUUUGAAAUGCUAGCAACUCAUUUACCCUUCAGUUCACCGUUUAUUUCUUCAGAGAAGCCUCACACAUUGGUGGCUGCCCAGUGAGCCAACAUCUUAGCUGUUGGUUAGCACCUUGGUAAAGGACUAUGGCAGUGUUUUUUAAGGAUUUAAAGGAACAGUGUGUAGGAUUUAGCAGCAUCUAAUGGUUAGAAGGCAGAAUGCAACAAAAUGGCUGUACCCCCCAGCCCAUCCCAGAGGCUAUAGAGGUUUGUGGAGUCAAAUUUUCUCAACUAUAGUAAAUCAUGGCAUUGCAGUCUGAGACAUCAAGUCACAAAGUCAUUUUAUUUGGCAAAGAUAAGAACAUUAGUGGUAAAGGAUACCCUCAAUAUAACACCAGCAAAUUGUUGUUGAGUCUCCUGCAUGUACAGUGACACUUGGUUAACUUGGAAUUUUUUGACCAUCAAUAUGGGAGACGGUUUUUGCAGGAGCUGACAAGCUCAGAAUUUUUUUUAGCUCAAAGAAACAAAAUUUUGAACAACUUUUCUUGUCAGUAAUGUCCUCAUUGUAUUAUUGUUAGGCAGAGAUAAAAGGCAGUUUUUGUAAUAUUGUAUGUCCCACAUAAUGUGUAACUAAAUGAAAGUACACAACCACAAACAGAAAAGAAUUAGGACUUGUUCACGGUCUAGGAGAAAACACAUGACUUCUGCGUCACUCUGAAAACCUCCGAUUCGUUCUCUUUUUGAUUCGCUGUGUAUUGUUUCUUUCAUUUCAACCGUGUUUCAUGCUCACUUGCUCUUGACAUUUUAUAGGAUGAUCCACUACGAACACAACCGGAGGCAAAACAAACUACUCUUCUUCUGGUUGCAAUUCCAGCAACUUGCUCCUGUCAGCCACUUGCAAGAGAAAAAGGCAUUUUUCACAAAGUGUAAUUUGAGUUUGUUUGUCCUGUCUGAGCCACUACAGAAACAUGGCAGCCCAUGUGUAACCUGGAUCUGCACUUAGGAAGAUAAAGACUUAUUCUAACUUUAUUGAGAACAAUUUGGUUCUACAUUUGUUUUGUUUUUUUUAUACACUAAUAAAACGCAUGCCUCUGAAUAUUAUCCCAUUUCUGUCUUUGAUUUGAUUAAAUUUCUACACACUGUACCUUUACAAGAUUGCCACUACUGUGUGUUUUCAGAUGAUAUUUCCUGGGAAUAAACAAAUGUGUAGGAUUACAUUUUGACUUUCACAGGAUAGUUACUGUUUUAAUAAAAAUCUUGUUACUUGUCUUA